AUGGUACCCUUCCUCGAAGAUGCCCUACACCGCAACCUUGCAAGUCCGGACAUCACCCCAGCAUCCUUGGAAGACGCCCGAGCCCACCUGCACAAACAGUUUGGUUUCCACUUGGGCGUCGCCGCCCUGGCCCAAAUGUUGGACGCUUCGACGAGCAAUUUUACUGGACUCGCUGAGUUCGAUGAGUGGGUGCAGGCGGUUGAUUGCAUGUUUCAGCACGAACCGCUUGAAUACACCAUGCUGACCAAGCUCCAGAUGUUGUGCAAGCUCCAGCGCCAGUGCACUUGCAGCCGACUGGUGGAGCGUCUCGCCACUGCGGCACACCAGGCUACAUCUGGUCCAGCGACCACGUUGACUAGAAUCGUGAAAAAAGCUCUCGAUGGUUACGUCCCGACUCGUGAUACUCUGUUCAGCGUGCCAAGCAACCGGACGGCGCACAAGGGGCCGACGAUCCACUCGGUCGCCGGACCCAAGGCAGCUAUUAAGCAGGCCGCCAGCUCUCCCAGCCGUCCACCGCUCCGCAUUCCAGCUCAGCUCCGCAAUUCCGAAGAGUUCACCAAGCUCAACAAAAGCGACAAGCAAGCUCGCCACACCUUUGCUCGAAAGCAUCAUCUCUGCUACCACUGCUUCGCCGAUGAACACCAGAGCAAGGCGUGCCCAAAAAACUAG